AAUCAGAAAAUAUUACAUUGAAAUAGAUUUAUUCACUUCUUUUGUGGUCAAAAUGUUUUAUAUGAGAUCCAUAUUUCUUCCCUGAAACUGUAUCUUAAGGAAAAACAAAUAAAAAGUGUUCCAUUACUAUCAAUAGUCUGGGGCAGGGGGGUUAAGUACAGUUUGCUGCUGUUGGUUAUUUCUGGAGUGUGUAUCUGUAAGUAUCCCCUGCUCUGUUGGCUGCAUGAGACUGACAGAGCAAGUGUUGAAGGCAUUGAAAGAUAGAGCCAGACAGAGGCACACUUGAGCUCCCCCUCUUCAAAUCUCCCACACCAUUCCACGCUGCUUUCUAAAAUCUCCACCUCCCUCUGUCUGAUGGGUGGAGGAAUCAGGGGGAGCACCGGCAAGCAGUCAUUGAAACUCAGAAAGAGUUGAGAAGUACCAAAAAUCGGAAAGAAGAGCGUCUCAAACCUUGACACAAAAACCUACGGUGGCCUGGAAGCAGGGAUGGUAGCUGAGGAGAUCGAGGUGUCUCUCACAGGAGGAGCACCGUGGGGUUUUAGACUGCAAGGAGGAGCAGAGCAACACAAACCUCUACAGGUAGCAAAGGUUCGGAAGCGCAGCAAAGCGUGCCGAGCUGGACUGAAAGAGCAAGACGAGCUUGUUUCUAUUGACGACCACAUAUGUGUGGAGCUCAGCCAUGCUCAGGCCAUGAAGCUGAUAGAUUCAGAGAGCUCCACACUGAAGCUGAGAGUCAAAAGGAUUCCUUCAGAGUUUCACUCCUCCUCUUACACCGGUAGCUCUGCAUCGCCUCAAUCCUCCGUGAGAGUUGUGUCUCCUGCUGUGAUCCCAUUAAAUUCCAUUAGUUCUUUCCUCACACCCGCCGAGAUACCCAGGGGUGUUACCUCCCCCCCAGACAGUGAGGCUUACUAUGGAGAAACCGACAGUGAUGCCGACACACACUCCAACACUUAUCAGAGACGCCAACGACGCACACCGCCUCACAUAAGGUCUCCAGCGCGCUAUGACAACAACGAGGAGGAGACUUCCGAGAUGAGCGGCUACGAGAGCUCCACAGAUGCAGGAGUUUCCAUGCAGGAGCAGUGGAAUAGCCUCUGUCUUCCCGGUGUCCCCCGCAGGAACAUCAUCUACCUGCCCCCCCAGAAAGAGCCCACACAGACCCCAAACACACUAACCCCCCGCACACUCACCCCGACCCCCGACCAGGGGAUUGUGGAUGGAGAAGAGGAGGGGGACAGUGGCUUCCAGGAGGUCGGGGGCUGCACUCCACUGACCUGUCCACCUUUAGUGUCUCCAGAACGAGCCAGAGAUGCCCUGAUGUUGGGCUCUGGGAACCAUCUGGUACCCAUGGUGGGGCCCCAGCAGAGCCCUAUGAGUGAGGAACUCUCCACCACCUACAUGGAGAAAGCUCGACAAGCAAAGCUGCAACGUGGAGAGAGCGCCGUGGAGAAACAAGUGAAGGAAGCUCGCACUAAAUGCCGCUCCAUCGCAUCUUUGCUGACUGAUGCCCCCAACCCGAACUCGAAAGGGGUUCUUAUGUUCAAGAAACGCAGGCAGAGAGCCAAAAAGUACACUCUGACCUGCUUUGGGAAAGCCGAGGGAGGCAGAGAAAGGAAGACAGACGGGGACACGGGAGGGGAGACGGAAGAAGAAGGAGGAAGUUCGGCCUUGAGCGGUUCAGAAGUUGAUGAGGAGGGUUUUUCGGCAUCUUUUGACCCCACCUGGGAUUCGGGUUAUUUUGAACUGCUUGAAAAGAAGAGCUCUGCCUGUCCUUCAGCAGCGACUCCAUCAAUUUUCAACGACAGCACAGAGGUUUUAGAUUACCAAACUCCACAACUUUCUAUCAAUCAAAGUUUCGAAGGGUUAAAGAGCUCAGCCAAUCACAGCUCAAGACUGGAGAACGGGGUCACAAAGGAGCCAAUCAGUAGCCACCCUGCACACAUGUCUCCUCUGGCGUUGACUCCCACUAAUGCAGAGUCGGUCUCUGUCAGUCGAGCUAGUGUUGUCCUAACCCCGCCCUCUCAGACACCAAGUCAAAAUGGACUUCAGAGUAGCUCUCUUUCUCCUCCUGCUGCUGACUUUACUCCAAACUCAAACACAGACCCGCACGGAAACGCCGGCGUUCUGAACCGCACUGCGCGCCCAUUCUCCUAUGGCUCCACCCCGUCGCGUGCAUCCGUAACCUCAGUGAUGUUUCGUCCUCCCCAGCCCAAACCCACACCGAUAACCAUGGCAACCAAACCUGUGGCAGCAGUAUCCAUGGUGACCAUCUCACCAACUCAACACCCUCAGAGGGCAGAUGCAAGGAGAGCAAUGUCUAGCACUUCUCUAUAUAUCCCUCCAAGAAACAACACCGCCAACGCUCCCCCCUCCGUGAACUCAUCUUGUUCGGCUCUUUCACCCCCAUGCUCUCAGUCCUCAUUAUCUCAGCCCACUGUUGGGAAGAGCAUCCCUCCUUCACCUUCUGUAGUUCAAGGGUCUCCAGCAUGUCCAUCAAAUGCUCUGCCCUUCUCCACCCCAGCUCCCACUUACUCCUCAACUCCUCCUAUUUUAACACCAAAUCCAUCCUCUGGUGUGGUCCAGGGAACUUUUCCUGUUCCCCCUCCCUCCCCAUCUGCCAAUACUUACACUAACACUGCAGUGAGUCCUCAAGUUCCCGACUCAAUCUCGAUGCGUGAGCAGCGCAUCUCUGUUCCGGCUGCUCGCUCUGGCAUCUUGCAGGAAGCACGCCGACGCAGCAGCAAAAAGCCCAUGUUCACUGCGCUGCAAAGCAAAGACGUUUCCCCCAAUCCGGACUUGAUGUCGAUGGUCCAGAAUAUGGAUGGAAGUCCUGGGAGAACCCUGGCUGCUGGAGUCAGUGGAGAGGCCGGGCAUGAAUCAGGCCCAGAGGAGGACUGGCUGAGGCUGGGGGCAGAAGCGUGUAAUUUCAUGCAGGCUCAGCAAGGACACAAGCCACCUCCUGUAGCUCCCAAACCCCAGGCGCCUGAGGUACCCCAGCUCGCCGGAAAAGGAGGUCAGCUGUUUGCCCGCAGGCAGAGCAGGAUGGACCGCUACGUUGUGGAGCGUUGUCCAUCUGCCGUGCCCGCACCUUUUUCCCCUACUCAAACCAGAGAGCCUUCACCCACACCUUCUCUACCAGCCGCAUGGAAGUACUCAUCCAACAUCCGAGCGCCACCGCCCAUUAACUACAACCCUCUCUUGUCUCCCUCCUGCCCACUAAAGGCUCAGAAGAAAUCUGAAGUGGUAAAAUCUGGAACAACCAAAAGUAAAGGUCAAAAAACGGGCAUCAAGCCCGUGGAUAUAUCGAACCAUCAGCCCUACCAGCUCAACUCCUCCCUCUUCUGCUAUGGUGGUGGAGUUCCUCAGGACGCCUCCAACCAUCAGCAGCACAGAGGACCCACAGGUGGGCCUCAAAAGACCGCCAGAGUCUAUGAAGUAAAGCGCUUCUCCACACCUCCUCCAAUGGCCACAAGCCCCGCCCUCAAAGUGGUUGUGCCUCGAUCAGCAACGACCCUCGGAGAACCAAUCAGGCGUUCCGAAGUGACCUCUCCUCCAGUCACUCCUGGUGCUACACCUUACCAUCAAUCUCCUGCUCCAGUCCCUCAGUGGGCUCCUUCCCCUGUAUCCCCCUCGCGACCUCCCGCCCCUACUGCCCCACUCCCUAAACUCCCAACUUUCUCCUCUGGUCCUGUUGCAAACACGGCCCCCCUUCCUACCUUUUCUCAUAAGUCCUCAGCCACUCCGCAGGCAAACAAGCAGUUUAAAAGUGCCCCGAAUCUUAGUCCUCUUUGCCCUGGCGGAGCCUCUCAGCAGGUGUCAAGUAGCGCUCAACCCAGCAGGGUUCCCCGGCCACGUUUCAGCACCUCCAACCUGGGUCUGCAGCCAUGUGUGUGGCGCCCAGGAUCCACAGCUCACUGAAGUGAAGCAGGGUUGGAAAAAUCAGGCUUUUCUGAGGAAACAGUUGAGCUUUUCUGAGGAAAAUUAAUAUUUUUAGAACUAUUUUAAAUAUUCAAGGCAGCAAGUCGUUUUAUUUUAUUUUUCUGAAACAGUUUAUUGUAAGAUGUUAAAGUUGGACUUUUUUUUAAAGACCCACUCCAAUGAAAAUGUUUUUUUUUGUGUGUGUGUGUUGUUGCGGUAUUUUUCAGACAAUGGAGGGCAUUUCCGAGUAUUUCCUAAUUCAAAUAGUUGUGAAACAGGAGCAGACGCAAAAAUACAGUUUGAAAAAUAGCUUAUUUUUGAUAUAGAAAAUACAAAAACACAAACAUUCUGAUGCAUCCACUUGUUUUCCUCGUCCUUAAAACUGUUCGUCCAAUUUUGCUCACCAUUUUUGUUGCACCAAAAAUGUUAGGGGGUGUAAGCUAGCAAGGGGUGAUGGGAAGAGGGGGCGAGCUUGCACCAUGCUAAUGGUCCCACCCACAAUUCAGAGGUGAAUUUUUAGUUAGCUACUGCCACUCUGCAGAAUUUAUAUCUUAAAUAACAACAGUUUUUUUUUUUCUGCUAUCAUAAUUAAUAGACCUAUCAAAAUAACAAUAGAUCAAAAUAUGAUUGGAGUGGGUCUUUAAACAUGAAGCUAUCUGAAGCAGUGGAACCACAAGGAACACGGUUUGAAGAAAGAAAUCCAGUGUGGACUCUUUCAAAAUGUCGAAGAAGUGUAGAUAAGUUUGAGUAAAAGGAAAACUGGAGUGAAGUUUUUCUAAAUAUUGACCUAAAAAAUGUUUGGACACAAAAUGGAAUAAAAGAAAGUGUAUUGAUGAGACUGAAAAAGAUAAUGGAGACGAGGUAAAGCAUGACAAAAUGUCAAGUGUAAGUAAAAAAUGCAAAUUUGAUUGAUGGGUUUGUAGUUUGUGAGACAAUAGCAGACAAUGACAUAAUAACAGCAAUUGUACUAAUAUUAUUUAGAUAAGUAAUAGAAGGACUUUUAUUUUGGUGAUAAAUACGUGUGCUUUGUAGAUUCAAGUUCUCAUAUUAUGAUACAGAAAAAUAACAUUUAUGUGUAGCUUUGAUUCUAGCCCACAGACCUUUCUGAAUAAAAAUAGACAUGACUCA